GGAGCAUUUUCAAGUUGUUUGACGUUUUCGCAGUUCUUUCGCAUAAAACGAAAAAAGUAAAUUAAAAAAAAAUUACCUUUUCCCCAAUCAACAUUAUUCCUCGCACGCACAAAUGGAUGCCCACCGUGAAGCGAUUCAAAAGCAGAUCCACCAGGACUGGGCGAACCGGGAGUACAUUGAAGUUAUCACCGCCAGUAUCAAACGGAUCACCGACUUCUUGAAUUCGUUCGAUAUGAGCUGUCGAUCGCGGUUGGCGGUGCUGAAUGAAAAGCUUACCACACUGGAACGACGGAUCGACUAUCUGGAAGCUUGCGUUACCAAAGGGGAGACCUUGCAAUAGGAGGCCGUGGGUUGCCUGGCCGGUGCGUGCUGCGGGCGGACAACGCGGUGAGUAAAUAUUACAAUUGACCGAUGGAUUUCUAGGAUUAGAUUAAAUCGAUAAGAUAUACAUAAUGUAUGCAGAAUUAAUUUACAAUAAAUUAAAAUUGGUUAGGUAC